CUCCACCCAAAUAGGCUGAGCCAGAAUUUUUCAGAUAAAACAUUCUGGAAAACCAUUACAGCAGCUGUUUCCAUUUAUGCAGUCACUAUAUCUGUCUUUUAAGUAUUUCUAAGUUGUCAGUCAUUUGCCCUGUUGCUGAGGGAUUCAUUUUCUCUCAGACCUGGACACAGUACUCCAUAAGGGGCAAAGAGAGGACCAGGUGGGACUACACUUCGAGUGUGUGUUUACCAACAUCUUGCUGAAGCCUCAUCCUUGCUGGUUGCUAUUUGGGGUUUUCCAUCUGAAAAGUGACCAUACUUUAUCUGCAUCUGUUCUGCUGGCCUACUCAGGUUAUUUUUCAGGUGUCUUCAGCUGUGGACUGCUUUGAAUCACGACAAAGUGAAGAGUGCAACAGGUUUCAGGAUGCAAGAGCUGGACAAACCCCUCCAAAGCAAACACUUCUAGCGUGGGGGACAGAAGUGGUAAGACAAGAGUGACGAUGUUUUAAAAAAAAGCAGUGUCUGUUUCUGGAAUAAUCUUUUUAUCUGCUACUCAGACAUAAUCCCUCUUACGGUCCAGCUGGAAGAGCUUUCUUCAUCUUAUUAACCUUCUGGAGCAGCAUCUGUCAACUCCAGUAGACUUGAGUAGCGCUAUGAUAAACAACGGAAGUCUCUUCUGGUGCCUACUGCCUUUGAACACUGAUCAUUUGGGCUUUGCAGGGGUACGGCCCAUAAGCAGAGGUGAAAUAAUGGGAAUUCAGGUACGGAGUACAGCAGAUGAAUCUACUGCAAACUUGCAGAGAUGGAAGAUAGGACUUCUGCUGAACGGGAAGAGGGCUCCUCCUUCCAGAAAGUUGCACAGAGCCAGCAACAUCAGCAUCUUGUGUGACCUUCAGAAAAGCCCUUGAGCCAGAUCCCCAUAGCUGCAGUCUGGAGGAGUCAGGGAUUUGUCAGGCUUUGAUGAGCUGCGGCUGUGUUGAACAGUUGAACCGAUUUCCAUAAAACUUGCCAAACUCUAGGAGGAAGAACAUGUGAAAAAGGGCUUUCAGGAUAGUGAAGGAAGUACCACAACCAUUCGAAAAUUGGAAGAUUGACUUGUGUUCAGGUGUUGACAUUACCUAUACCUUCAAAAGGUGCUUGCAGAGUUUUUACUCAAGUUUAUGAUCCACUGUUAGUCAUAUGUGCAUAUAGUUAUCUUGUUUGUGGUAUCAGAGUAACAUUUGUGUAGUUUGGAUGAUUGAUUGCUAUUUUACUCUCAUUCCUGAUUUCAUAUUAGGUUAGUAAUUGUCCCACGUAUCUACAUUGUUCCUGUAUUAAGUAAUGUAUUUGAAAUAUAUUGAUUAACAGCAAAUACUGCAAAAGCUUUUCUUUGUUUUUGUUUAUAGUGAAGCUGAUAUAUUUUUAAUAAGUUACUGUUGUGAUCAAAAUGUCAUAUAUUUCCCUUCUUACAUAAGAGAAUGUUUUUCUUGGAUUACUGGAAAAGAUAAUUUCAAGUUAAAAUUGAUGGCUUAAAAAAAGUCACUAAUAAAGAAACUUUUAGCUGGUCAAUUCUGUUUUCAUCAAAAGACGACUUAUUAGUGGGAAUUAUUAUAGAAAACUUAAUUGAACUUUGCAGUUGUUAAGACAAAAAGACACACUGCCAAGUUAACUUUAAUAUCUUUCUAGGAUUUCUGUAACUCCCAUUGGCUCCCUACUGCACCAAAAAUAAAAAAUAAAAUAAAAUCCCUGACAGAUUUUUUUUUUCUAUAUUGGAAAUGCCAGUGGACUCUAGGGACAUCUCAUUCUUCAUAGGCCUUCCUCUUUGCCUUUAAAUCACUGAUGUAAUGUUUCUCCAUACAAUUUCAGUUUCCUUAUAAAAAUCUAUUUGAAAAUAUCUCUCCUGAGGAAUUAAAUUCAAAUCCUGCCUUUGAACAUUUGCUCUGUUUAUGUCUCCUAUAAGGCAGAUUUUCAGGAAUCAUCUUUAUCAUCUUUGCAGCAGUUCCUGUAUCGUGAGUGAUAGCUUAUUUGUAGAGAAGGUAAAGGCUGUUCUAAGUUUCUUUAUAUAAGUGUAGAAUAGGAACUUUACUUUUAGAUUCAGAGAGAUUGCUUGAAUUUUUUUGCUCUGCUCCUUUUUGUGUACUUUUUCUAGACUCCUCUUUCUGAAAUUAUCAGUUUUUGAAGGCAUGGAGUUGUAGAUACAGACAAAAAUCCUAUGAAAAUGCAUUUGUGCUUUAGCUCAAUUUAUCUUUGAUUAUUAAGAAUGAAUGUAAAGCAAAAAUUGAAAAUAAACUGUAUAUUAUUUAACAAUAUUUUCUGCUUAGAGAGAUUGAAUAGAUGGCAAAAAAUGGUGUACCCCUUUCUUGAUUAAAAUUCUCUAAGGUUUAUGUCUACAUUCAGAAAUCUGUUCAGCUUCUUUGACAUCAUUUGGCAUUUUACUCAUGUAUUAGAAUAGAAUUUGUCCCAGUGUACUAGUAGGUAUAUUGGCCAGUCUAAAACAUGAUUAUUCAGAUCUGUAUUUGUAUAUAAUUCUAUACCUGAAUUUUAAGGGAACUCUAGAGGCAAUCAGGAAACUUAGCAGUAAAUUUAUAGUUGAUAUAUACAGUGUAAUGGAUUUUUGAAAGAAGAAUUGAAUAAUAAAAUCAUUAAGGUUGGAAGAGACCUCCAGUUGAACUGUCCACCCGUAUGGGAACUGCUGAGUCACGGCCUGAACCUCUGAUUGAUCACCUGAGGUGAGCCAUGAGUCAGCCAGAGGAGCACAGGUGAAGGCAAUUCUCCUGUGCUGCCAGAAGGGGUGGAGCCAGGCUCCACUCCUCCUAGACCUAUUUAAGAGCUGGCUACCAGAGGGGAAGGAUCUCUUCUAGAGAUCACCUCUCUUGGUGUUUUGUGGUGAGCCUAGCCAAAGGAGCUAAGGGGUCCAUUUUCUGAAAGCUGUCUCACUUUAAAUUGCUUGCUACUCUUCAGUAGAGUUUUAAAAAAUGUGAGAAAUAACAUUUUCUCAGAAGACAACGGUAUGAAGGGAUAAGCAGAGGUCAGCUGAAUGUAAACCACUGAGUAAUUGGCUGGCUGGAACUUUAUUAAUGUCAACAUCAAGUCAGUUCUGCUGCAUUCUUAUUCCUAGCAAGUUCUUAAGAUUAAGCAUGAGGCUGACUUUUGGGAUACCUCUUAUGGCAGAAAUCUAUCCAUCCCAAGUUGUUCUGUCACAGUGCUACAGUAUCAAACACUGAAGAACGCUUGCAGAACCUAUGUGAUAAUUCUGCUUUUCUGAGGCACCCAAAGCAGAUGCAAAUGGGAGAACAGGUCAUCUUCUCGGCAGAGCUCCAUAUGAGAUUUGACAGACCUACUAAGGGCAUGGUGAAGGUGCUGGCUGCAAUAGAUUGAAGCCACGUGACUGGGACAGACUGCCUCCUGAUGUGGAAAAACGUCAAAGAUCUGAAGACACUGGAUCUAUGCCACCUCACUGUAGUUACAGCUUGUAAUUUCACACUCUGCAAUAGGACUGUACUCCUUUGCCUUGUAGCACAUGUAUCACCAGUGCAAUACCACAUUGAUGCUGGAGUUGCAACCAAAGUAGAGAAUAGAUUUGGAAAGUGAGGGACAAGAAAGGCUUUAUCAGUCCCUUCUGAAGUGUCUCUGUACUGUAAGGCUAUUAUUUAUGAUGCUUGCACCUGGGAGAAAGUUUUCUAACCAGUAAAAAUCCAUAUUCAGUAAGAAGCUGGAUGUAAUGGAUGCAGACAAAGUAUUCAAGAGAGAUAAGGUGGAUGUGGCUUUCCUAGCUGUACUAAGCUUUUCAGGUCUCUUUGCCUGUGUGUGCUGCGUGCCCAGACGGACGCGUCGCAGGGAGAGCGGCAGGGUGUCAAGUCCUGUCCCUGCCUGUGCCGCGACUUUGCUGCUGCAGCGCCUGCAGGACCAGGAGGGUGUCCGAGCGCAGGUGUACCGUGAGCUGGAGAGCGUCCUGUGUGAAGAUGACAGCCGCCUGCCAUGCGGAGUGGUGAACAGGCUGCUGGCAGAGGUGUCCCAGGACCUGACGGCUGCCCAGGACGUGACAGACAACGUGAGGUUGGCUGCCAGCAAUGUCCUGGUGUCUCUGGCCAGGACGCACUUCAGCUUGGUGAUGGCCGAGCUCCAGGGCCACCUCAAGGCUGCGGGGGAGAUGACCAAGGAGUUCGUGCUCAUCACCUUGAGCAAACUGUUCAGCACCUACGCUCCACAGUGCAUCCCCUUUGUGUGGCUGACGCUGGCCGGCCUACGCAGUGUGGUGGACCAGGUGAGGAGCGGCCAGAUGCUGCGCAUCGCUUGUGCUGUUGUGAAGCAAUGGUCAGAUGGAAUCACGGCUCACUUGUCCUCUGGAAAGCAAUGCCCCUGGCCUGCCGUGGAGAAAGAGCGAAUCUAUGAGAAUCUUCACCAGCUCUUCUUCUCCGUGGUGAGGCACUGGCAGGACAGCAAGGAGGAAGAGGACAAACAGGCUGUCCUUGGGGCUGUGGCUUCCAUGAUGGCUGUCCUCCUGCAAGAGGAGCUGCACAUCUGGGAGCAGUUCCUCUGGCUCAUGCACCCAUGUCAGGAGAUCCAAGACACCUGCAGGGUGGCCAAGAGCCUCACUACCUUCCUGGAGGUCUUAGAGGGAGUUCAGUCUGUCAUCCCCAGGGACAAGUUUCUGGCCAUCACCAGUGCUGUGUUCUACCAGCUGUCUGAUGACACCAAGCAGCACAGCGAGGCUGAUAGCGCAGAGCUGACCCACUGCAUCCUGCUGCAGGCCCGAAUCUGUCCAGAGGAAACCAUCCUGUUUCUUCAGUCGCAGCUGGAGAAUGAAUGGGAGCCUGGAUGUGUGGCAGCCCUGGGUCUGCUCGGCGCUCUGGCUCGCUCUGAUGAGCCCGUUGUUACAGAGAAGCUGCCCCUGGCUGCAGAGGCUGUGCAGCGUCUGUGCAGCGACCUCAGGCUCCGGGUGCGGAGGGCCAUUCUGUAUUUCAUCAAGGAUCUCCUCAGUGCUGACACCAGGAGCUGCUCAGCCUGGGAUGUGGUGGGGCACAUCUUCAGAGAGUUCAGCCGCGCCACGGGAAGAAGGGCAGCCGGAGACCUUUCUGCCCAGGAAGCUCAGGAGGAAGGAGCUCUCCAACAGCUGUGCAUGGACAUCCUGGGGUCACUGGAUGUCUCUGUGAGAGGGAUGUCCAAACUCCUGUGGCCGCGGCUGCUGCUCUUUGUGGUGCCAGCCCAAUACACGGGCAUGCUGAUCCCGGUCUCCCGCUGUGUCCAAGCACUGGCUGAGAGAGAGGAACUGACAAGGCGGGAGAUUGAAGAGUUGGAUCCCCAUUUCCUCAGCUCCAUGUUUCAAGGCCCAUGGCUGACUCCCCAGACACUGCUGGUGCGCCUGUUGGUGGUGGCAGGGAGCCCUGUUGCAGGCAGCGAACUGCAAGCCGCUGCCUUAGUGCUGAUGCAAAAGCUCCACAGCAGAAUCCACAGAGCAGUGGGGGCCAUGUGGGAUGCAGAGAUCCCCCUGCUGCUGCAGUGUGUCCAAGGGAAAGAAGAGAGCUUCCCAGAUUCUGCAGCGUGGGAGCGCCGACUGCUAAAGUUCCUGAGGGCGUCAGUGGAGACGGUGGAGGACGAGGCUUGGACCAAGGGCCUGAGCUGUGAGCUGAGCCGGUCCCUGAGCAGCUGUCCCAGCAGCUCUGGAGAAAAGUCCUUCCUGUACAAGGCUCUGGGGACAGUGCUGGGAGCUUGUAAGGGAGUCCUCCAUAUCCAAGAGAAACUGCUGCAACACCUGCAGGAAGCAAACGCAGAGGAACCAUCUGAGGCCCAGGGAAUGAUCUCUCUUCUCAGCCAUGCUGCUGAGAGCAACUUCCGUGCAGUCUUGGACACGCUCACCAUGUUUUCAUCCAGGCUGUGCAAGGGCCGAAAUUCUAGGAUUUCCAGGCACAAGAAGAUGGAGCUGGACAGCACGAGAGCUCACGCCACACGCAGCGCUCUCAUGCUCGCCCAUGGCAGCUUAGCACUGUGUGCCUCCAAGGAAGAACUGCUCGCCCACGUGGAGGGAGACAUUGUGGGCAACAUCCUGCUGCUCUACAGCUGCAGCUGCCAGGACUUGCAGAACAAGCUUGCGCUGGUGCAGAGCAUCACCAACUUCAGCUCCGCCUUCCACGCUGUGGGGGACUGCUUUAAUCUGUCCUUGAAGGGCAAGCUGCUGGAGAUCCUGAUGGACUUGCUGAAGAGGUAUCACUCAGGCAUCCCUGUCUCCCCAGUGCCCCUCAAGGUGGUUCUGGCCCUGGAGGAGUUGAGCAAGCUGAAGCCCUCGGGAGAAGCAAAGGACAUGUGUGAAAUGUUGGCUCUGUGCUGCAAGAGCAUUGUGACUCACCCUUCAGCAAAGAUGAUGCUGAAGAUCAGGAAGUCACAGCAAGCAGCUCGAUACCUUCAGCUUCUGCAAACAUCUUUGAAAGCUCUGGGCCGGCUGAUGGCAGCCCUGCUUGAGACAGAGCCCACCCGUGACUUCUGCCAGAACAUAAUCCAUGUCCUGAGGAGACCAAUGACAUCAGGCAACGUGUGGGAGCGCAGGAGGGCCCUGCAGGUCUGCUCCCAGCUGCUGGCUGUAUGUGAAGAGCUUCGAAGAGAAGACGCCUGCGAGCACUUUGGCUCCCUGGUGGGAUUUCUGGCACCUCUGACGUGUGACCCCAUGCCCACCUCCCGCCAGUUGGCUGUCACCUGCCUGAGCUCCCUUCUCCGAAUCCAAGCCAAGGUGACCAACAGAGUAAUCGAGAUGGGAGACCCUGGGAGCCUGUGUGAGGGGCUGCACGCCUGCAGCACAGUCUGUCAACUCCGGGCCUCGUCCAAAAUCGCAAGGAUGGUGUGCAGAAACUUCCCCAUGGAACGCACCAUCGACUUCUUGAUGGCCAUCAAGGAGACCUUCCGAAAGGCCAAAGGAAUGCGUGUGCGUGCUGCUGGACAGUGGAUGAUCACCUUUCUGCAGAUGUACAGAAAGGACAUCUGUCGAGACGUGCCACUGAUCCUCUACGUCCUGCGGAGCUGCACAUCAUCCACACAGCAGAGCAUGUUCAUGCCCUUCGUGUGCCAGGCGGUGGUCAUCCUCACCCGCUGUCACACGGAGGUGGCGAUUGACAAUUUCUCCCGGCUGCUUGGGCCCACCGACAGCGAUACAUGGAGGAGAAUCAGAGAGUUUUGUCUGCAAAGGUGGAGGCGGUAGAAGAAAGCGAAACGAAGCAAAGCAAAUCCGAGAAGGGGAGGGAAGAGAAGAAAA